CCCUCACUACUCAUGUUUUCCCACAUCUCUGCUGCUCCAAACUCCAACCCAGUUGAAGUAAUUGAUGGAGUGGAGGAAGGAGACUUUAGAGUAGAGGAGCAGCUGUCAGCUACACAGUUGCAAUAAAGCAAAUCGCCGGAGGGGAUUGAAGCAGUAGACGGAGAGCAGCGGAGACAGGAGAAGGCAGAGGAGAAGGAGCUGGAGAGAGGAAGAGGAGAGAAGGGGAGACUGCUUCAGGUGUCAUCCGAGUCGCGAUGGAGGCGCGCGGCGUGCGUAUUUAGGGAGCUUCUUCUGGAUUACAAAGUGAAAAACCUCCACAACUCACCUCUCCUUUCCUUUGUCUGUCUUGCUAUAUUUUUCACUUGACGGAUUAUCUGAGAAAUCAUGAACGUGUCGCCUCCGGACCGCAGGAAAAACGUGCGAGAGCUGGCUUUGGAGAUUGGCAUCCGAGUUCUGCUUUUCGGAGUUUUUGUAUUUACAGAGUUUCUGGAGCCCUUCGAGAGAGUGAUUCAACAGGAGGAGCUUUGGCUCUACAAGAAUCCUCUCGUUGAGUCAGACCACAUUCCCAAGAGGGUCAUGUUUGCGAUUUCAUUCCUUACCCCGCUGGCGGUGAUAUUUGUGGUGAAGAUAAUUCAGAGGACGGACAAGACAGAGCUCAAAGAGGCAUGUUUAGCUGUGUCCCUGGCCCUCGCCUUGAACGGAGUCUUCACAAAUACUAUCAAGUUGAUCGUUGGCAGACCCAGGCCUGAUUAUUUCCAGCGCUGUUUCCCAGAUGGAAUAGUAAAUGCGAAGAUGCUGUGCACCGGGGAGCCGGAUCUAGUCUCCGAGGGACGCAAGAGCUUCCCCAGCAGCCAUUCCUCCUUUGCAUUCUCCGGUCUCGGCUUCACCUCCUUCUACCUGGCGGGGAAGCUGCAGUGUUUUACGGAUCAAGGUCGAGGGCGUAGCUGGCGCCUCUGUGCCAUGGUGCUGCCUCUCUACAGCGCUAUGAUGAUUGCAUUGUCCCGGACCUGCGACUACAAACACCACUGGCAAGACGCCGUUGUUGGAGGAGUGAUCGGGUUGCUGUUUGCGUACUUCUGCUACCGCCAGCACUACCCACCCUUUCUGCACAUGGACUGCCACCUGCCUUAUGCCAGCCUGAAUGCUGCCGCCGCCCACGCGCCCUCGCACCCCCAGGACGACCCGCAGCCCACGGACAAUGCCACCACCCUCCCCCUGGAGGGCUUGACUGAAGGGCCAGUAUGACUAGUGGCCACCACCGAGACUCCCCCCAACACCCUCACCAAGCCGCCGAGCACACCUCCCCGUUCCCAGUGACUGGCUGGCUCUUGUACACAUUCCGGUGGACGAUAACACACCUCACCCGUCUCCACACUGCUGCACCCCCGUCUCGGUGACACCUACAUUCUUUUUGUGUUUAUUUUUUAAAUAUAUCUGGUUCUUGCUCAGCAGCCGUGAAAGUCUAUAUUUAGAUGUGAUGUAUGAGAGGAACCUACGAAUAUGGGACAUCGCCGCUGAGAGGGAAGAGAGAAAAACAUGACGAGAACCUGAGGAAAGCAAGUCUUACUAAUGGCUGGGAAGGAAGAUGAAAAUAUUGCCAGUUUUUGCUGGAUUUCUUUGCAUAAUGAGAAAUGUGGUUGGCAGGUUGUUUCAUGCUGGAGAAUAUUUAACGUUUGGCUGUUAAAGGAUUAGGACAGCAAGUUGGGGAGACCCAGAGAAAUCCCAUGAAAUGUCACAGCAAUCAAUCCAUGAAAUCAUCCAGUUACGCUAGAAUAUUAUGUGUUAUAUGUCACACUAAGAAACUAAUUAUGGGAUUUGAUAGCAACAAUAGCACCAGACAAUGACACUCUGUGUGUUUCAGUUAGACUUUUAGCUGCAUUUUCAUUUAAACUGCACUGCUUUUAGUCAUUUUUGGUUGCCCAUUGCAACAUAAUGCUAGAUAUAGAACCAAUACACUCUUGGAGAAAAAGCACUGGUCCUUGUCAAGGACAGUAUUCAAGUUUCCCCAGCUUUACCCUUCUACAUUCAACUAUUUUUCCAUUUCUCUCUAUUCUCACAGGGCUUGCAUGGUUUUCCAGUGCAGUCCUGCGUAUCGCCAUGCCUCUUCCUCUCCUUGUCACCAUCCAACUUUAUUUUUCCCAAGCCCUGCAUUUAACACAUGUUCCCAGAGGUUGCACAGGGACAUAAACCCACAUUGUAGCUCAAUGAGUGCAAUCUAUAACAGGCAGGUGGGACAGACGUGGUGGAAGUGUUUCUAGACAGGCACAAACUCCAGUCUGCUCCUGCAUUAAUCCUCAUUAAGGGAGGUCAGCCACUGCUGCUUAUGAGCACACUAUGAGGGACCCCACAGACGGCCCGAGCAUUGCAAAUGGCUUCGAGCCCCACAAAUAGACAAUCUAGCAUUCAGGAGACGGCAGGCCUGAACCCGGGGCAGCGAUUGUGAUUAUUCAUCUGUAAAUGUUCAAUUAUUUAUUAAUAUUUCCAGCCUUAAUUUACGGAAAGCACAUCCAAAUAAACACCAAAGAUUUGUAGCUGUUUUUCCUGCUUGGGUUGUAUGCACCCUGUUUAGCCAAAUUACUGGUUCCCUAUCAUCAACAAAGCAAUUUGUAGCCUCUUACAAGUUUUGUUAGAAAGGAUGGAUCAUUUUAUUGCCUUGGUUAUUAUGUCCUUUUUGCCAUUGCUGUGACAUUAAUGGGAAGGUGCAAUCUCAUUUUACAUCUAACCCAAAUAAGAACGAUUACAUAUUUGCACUGAAAAGUGAAGGAUGAAAAACAGGCAAUAGCACAUCAAAACAGCACGAUAUGAAACGAGCAGAAAGCCAAAUGUAGAUGGUUAUUUUGUCAUUUUAUUAUCUUGUCAGAAUGUUAGUCAAGUCUAUUUGUAAAGUUGUCUUCACUGUCAAAAGACCUCAUGUUUUUAUGUAGAAAGCUGCUGUUUGCUGUAGACAAGGAAAACUUCUCUCUGUUCAAAAAUUCUUUCAAACAUCAUUUAAUCAAAUCAGCCACAAUUAAGCCUCUAUCACUAAUGCAACCCAUCGGCAGCUUCUUCAAACUGUGUGUGUGCGUGUGUGUGUGUGUGCAGGUUUUUGAUGAGGCCUAUCCUGCACGGAUGCAAUACAAAAUGAAACUUUACACAGAAUGAACCUUUCAGCAGAGAGGGAAAAAGGUGCUCGACUCUGCACACCAGACUCUGUGACGGGACUUGACGAGACUCUGAGAGUUGUAAUCUCCUCGCUGGUUCCACAAGUCUUUCAGCACCGGCCUGAUUUGGGGAUGAAGUGAUUGUGACACAAAUGCAUUAUGUUCUAUAGACCUGCAUUCGCCUGACUUGGCAGCCUGAUGUUUGUACUUUGUCAUUUUAGUAUUAUCCUAUUAGAUGGUGCAGUGUAUAUUGGAAAAAAAUGUUGUUCAGAAGUCUGUAACGGUAUUUUCGCUUUAUCAACAAAGGAUUUAAGUUUCCCACUUCAAAUCAUUCCAUGAUUUGUUUUGAUUUGGUGCUAUAAAUACUUUUUGUAGCAGAUGUUGAAUGUGUCAUUUUGAAAUGAAAGUUCAAUAAUUUUCUACAGAGACAGAAAAAAAAAGAUUAUAAUACAGUACACAUUUCUUUUUUUUUUUCUCAAUCAGAUGUACAAGGGCAACCAGUGCGUGUUAUUCUGUGGAAUUUUCUUUUCACUCAUUUCACCUUCCCAAGGACUGAAGGGAUAAAAGUGACUCAAAAAAAAUAAGAAUAAUGAAAAUUAUUAUCAAUUAUAAUGAAUAGAUGUCUGAAGAAAAAAAGAGUGUAAGACUUAAGAAUCUUUGUUCAUGGCAUGCCAGUUCCAUUUGUGAGAAAAGACUGUUUUCUAUGAAUAAGCAUGUCUGGCCUUGAGAACUCUUUGAGCUGUGUUUUGCUGUUUAUAUACUUUAUGUACAAUAAAGGACUGCAGCUGUGUGAAAUGUGUCCAUGAAGAAAACAAAGGAGCCUAAUGUAUCUUGUGAAAGUGUGAUCGUUGGAGCCUAUGUUUAAACUGAGAUGAGCCUCUUCACUUGGAUUCAACGCAUCAUUGGGAAACAAAUCAAGGUUUGAGGAUGUUUAUAUGGAAAGUAUCCGCCCUAUAAUCAGAACAUAUGCGUUAUUCCUCAUUAUAUGCAAAAUGAACAGUCUGACAAGUUCAGUUCAAUGAAUUCAUGCUUCAACGGAGCUGCUGUCAGAUUGCAGCGUGUGUGUGUAAGUGUGUGUAUGCGUGUGUUUGUGAAUGUACCUCUGUGCUAAGUGUGUGUUGUGCUUUUCUGCAUCAGUUGUGUUGCACUUUGUUUCGAGAGUUUCCAAUAAACGUGGGUAUGUUUAAA